AUGCUUGAAGCUGUUCACAGAGAAUUCAACAUUAAAGACAAGCUUACUCUGACAACUACCGAUAACGGUUCUAACUUUAUCAAAGCCUUUAGUAUAUUCACGGAAGUUCAGAGAAGCAUCCAGGAAUACAGAGCUGAGGAAGAGGAGGAGGAAGACGAUGAGGAUGAGGAAGAUCAACCUGUCUUCAUUAAUCUCACAGAGAUCCUGGCGGAAACACAGGAAGAUUACAGCCUUCCUCCACACCAGCGCUGUGCCUGCCACUCUCUAAAUCUUGUUGCCACCAGAGACAUUGAACACGCAUUGACCCAGUCAGAGACAUUCAAGAGAUUAUCGAGAUCAACGCUUGCCAAAUGUCAGGCUCUCUGGAACAAGCAACACAGGAGCACUCAAGCCUCUGACACCAUUCAAGAGAAGCUAGGAUGUCAGCUGAUAGUGCCCAUUUUAACCAGGUGGAACUCCACUUACCAUGCCAUGGAGCGCUUGAAUACUUGUAUCCUCACAAAAGAACAAGAAUUCUAUGAAGUCUGUGAGAAGCUGCAGGUGGCACGAUUCAAGUCAACAGAAUUCACAUUCAUACAGGAAUACGUGAAGGUUAUGACGCCUUUGGCCAAGGCUCUUGACGUCUUACAGUCUGACCGAAUGGGCUUCUCGGGAGUGUUGGUGCCAACCAUCUCAAUUCUACUUGAAAGGAUGGAAGAGAUGAAGAGGGAGUGCCGGCUUCAUCACUGCAACCCCAUGGUAGAUGCGAUCAUCAGUGGGAUUAAGAAAAGAUUUGAGUACAUUUUUCAAGAUACCAGGUUGCUCAGAGCCUCUGCAACUCAUCCGAUGUUCAGACUGACCUACAUCCCGAGUGACAAGAAGGCUCAAGUUGUGUCAGACCUGAAAGUAGAGGUACACCUGCUUCAAACCCAGCCUUCAGGUCACAGGCAAACAGAAGAUGACAACCUAGCUGAUUAUGUUGAUGAGGUAACGGGAUACUUCCCAUCACUGAGAUCAGCCACAGAGCUGAAUGUAGUAGACACCCUGACCUGGCUCCAGACUCCUGGACCUCUGAGCCUGCCUGUUCUGAAGUAUUUACCUGACCUGCCUUGGGCCUCCUGCAUGUUCUCUGGGGCUGCAACAUCUGGGACACUCUGGGCCACACCCACCGCAUCUUGUUGGCAGCCCACUGGCUGGAUCCUACCUCCUUCUCUGGCUGUGGACUGA